AUGGCAAACAAUUCAACAAUGCCAAAUUUAGAAAAUUCUGUGAAGAGCUCAACAUUAGACCAUGCUUCUCUUCCCCGGGCCAUACUCUGGGCUUAUUGGGCGACCGCUCAAACCCCUAUUGGGGAGACCCACUUUCGCCUAACAUACGAGGCCAAGGCAGUCAUCCCAGUGAAAAUUGACCUGCUGACCCCUCGGGUUUUGCACUCGAAUGCAGAACUAAACAAAGAGUUGCGUUGGGCUGACUUAGACCUAAUUAAAGAGCUUCGAGAGGCAACCACUGUCAGGCAGGCAUCAUAUCAGCAGAAAAUGAGAACACAUUAUAACCGCAAAGUUCGAUCUCGAGAGUUCGCAGUGGGGGACCUAGUAUCCGAUUGA